GGUUUAGUGCAGUGCGUUUCUCCGUUAGAGUCGGACGUCUGUAGAAGUACGGUUAUAUGUCGGAGUGGAGAAGUAGAAGUGAGACAAGAUAAAAGCGAUUCAUGCGAUUCAUGAGUCAUACGAAAUGAAUUCGUUGUGGUGCGUCGUACUCUUUCUGACAUUGACCUUCCCGUGGGCGUUGGAGGCUCUUAUAAGAGAGCACCCACCAUCACCUUAUCCUGAUAUCCGCACGCCCUUUCACUCGCGGGGAAAACGUGAUGAUGAAACAUGUCCAAAGGAAAGCAGGGUCUGUCGAUUGAAGAACGGCAGAUACAAGUUCAUCAGCUGCGAUCAGGAUUUCCAGGGACCCGAUUUUCCAGAUGGUUUCUUGUACUGUGAUGCCACAAGCUGCCGACCGGAGGAGUUCCAGCACGACUAUAUCGUACGGAACCACGACCAGACACCGCACGUGAACCAGUGGAAGCAAGCCCGAGUCGGGGAGAAUGCCACAUUGCACGACGUGUGUAUCCUGACGAACGGAAUGCCGGUCACGAGAAGGUGCGAGCGAGUCGACAACAGGGCCAAGUGGGAGACAGUAGAUAAAUGGCAGCCCGUCGUGUGCCUGAGACGCUUCAGGGAGCGGACGAUCAGCGUGGAGCUGAACGACCUGCAUGACGACAUCCUCGAGGGAAGGCGGCGCACCAACGAUACCCAGGGACGCCGUCAGAUGGCGGCCACGAUGAGGGACAUGUUCAGGCAGCAGGACAAGAGUGUCCUGCCCGCCGAUGUGCACAUGACGGGGCAGGUGCUUGGGGCCCUGAUGGAGCAAGAGAAGGAUGCGGCGGUCAGCGCGGACUUAGUCAGUGUUUACAAAGAAAUUAUGUCCACUGACAGCCAGGUGCUGCGCCUGUCCGCCCAGCUGAAUGCCACCAACUCGCUGCUCACUCAGUUCGAGGACUACAUGGAUGGCCUGGCCAAGCAGAUGGUGUCCAGGGACCAGUGCGGCAAGGUCGUGCCACAGGCCCAGGCAGCCAGCGAUGCCCUCGAAGUGGCAGCCACUGGCGUAGAAACUGUCAACUUCUCGGACAUCGGCAUCCAGGCACUGCUGAGUGGCAACCUCAGCGUGUUCUUUGUCAAUCCGGAGUGCGACAACAUCACGGGCAUAGCCAUCUACUCAGCCCUUGCCGAGGGCCGAAAAUCCAGCAGCGAGUUCUGGUAUCGCUUUCUUCGCUCCAGCGACAGCUUGGACAGCUUGAAGCGGGAGUCCGACCUCGAGACGGCCACCUUCCUGCCCAAACAGCUGUGGGAAAAGGUGAAGCAGAGCGGAGCCACUUACUUGGUCUUCAAGAUCUAUGCCCACGACGCUCUCUUUGUGGAAAUAUCGCAGACACGCAGUCGCAGGCCUCGCAGCAAGGUUAUAUCCAUCUCCAUACCAGGCCUAUUGAAUCCAGUCCUGCCCGAGAGUCUGCCCUUCCUAUUGCGCAACCAGAACAUCCGUGAGCCGGAUGCGAGGUCCAUCAGCAGCGGCAGCGGCUGCGGCUACUGGGACUAUCAGACCUGGUCGGAAUACGGCAUAACCACCAGCAGCAGCAGCAGCCGCUCGGACCUGCUGCAGGAUCCGAUCAUCGUCUGCCACACGGACCACCUCACCCAGUUCUCGUUCCUUAUCGGCGGCAGCUACCGCACCAACGACCUGGGCGAGGAGGUUCUAAUCACGCCCCUCAACGAGCGGGUGCUGGACAUCAUCUCCAUUGUGGGCUGCUGCCUGUCGCUGAUGGGAGUGCUUGGCAUCUUCCUCACCGCCGCCCUCUUCAAGAGUUGGCGCAGCCAGGCGUCCACCAAGGUGCUCCUCCAUCUGUGCCUGGCCAUGACCCUCCAAAUGGUUCUGUUCGUCUUCCUCAAUACGGACGACAUCUCCGAGCAGCUGGUCAUGAACGGAGACACUGUACGCUGUGUGGCCCUCGGCGCCUUCCUGCAGUACUCUAUUCUGGUGCUCUUCUGCUGGAUGCUCAUCAUCGCCUUCCUCCAGUUCCAGCGGUACGUCACGGUGAUUGGCAUCGAGAGGCCCAGCCACUAUAUUCUGAAGGCGGCGCUAGUGGCCUGGUCCCUGCCUCUGCUGCCCACCUUGUUGGUAGCCCUCAUAGACCCCGACUGCUACUUGCCUACGGCCGCACAGCUGGCAACGGACACGGGGAUUUGCUACCCCUCGGGGCACGGCCUCAUCUUUGGCCUGGUGUUGCCCGUCACCCUCGUAACGGCGGCCAACCUGGUGAUCUUUGUGUAUGUCUUCUACAGCAUCUCGCACUCGCUCGGCCAGAGCGUCCACAAGUCCGAGCGGAAGAUGGUCGUCAAGCAGAUCCGCCUUUCCAUUCUACUCUUCUUCCUGCUGGGGCUCUCCUGGAUCUUCGGCAUCUUCGCCUUCAUGCAGGCGGGCGUGGCCUUCUCGUAUCUCUUCUGCAUCACGGCCACCAUGCAGGGAUUCGUGCUGUUCGUCUACUUUGUGCUCUUCGAUGCAGCCGCUCGACGGGCCUGGAUGGGUCUCUUGUGCCCCACCAAAAUGUCGAUGGACGUGCAGAAGCGCACCACCGAGCUGCAGUCGAUGACCACAUCAUCCACCAACUACUCGCACAGAUCGCAUAAUUAGUGUUCCUCAUUCGUCCCUCAUUUCCCAGUCAGCUAUCCUCAGACGCUACCAUUCUCCAGUCAGUUCUCGCCAUCCACCGAACAACGAACAAAUUGUACUCAACAAGUGUAUUAAAUAUUUAUUGUAUUUUUACUGAAA